AGCAUGUCCAGUCAUGUUGGAUCUGUAGUCACCGAUGGAGGUUAAUGUUGUACUUUAGAAUUCAUAAGAAUGUGUAACAAGAAUAUUGUUUCACACAUUUGUCAAAGGAAUAAAAGAUAAAUGUUGUGUUAGUAAAUGAAAAUAACAAGUAUUAUUUCGUUAGUUUAAAAUUAAUCAAAUGUCGUAAAAAUGUUUGUCCUCGCAGAAUUGAAAGACACAGUCAGAAUUCCACCAUGGGAAUUCAAACGAAAAUUAAACGAUGCUGUUACCGAUGAACUUAACAGGAAACUAGCUAAUAAGGUUUAUCUCAAUGUUGGUCUUUGCAUUGCUUUACACGACAUAACAAAAAUCGAGGAAUCGUAUAUUUUUCCCGGCGAUGGCGCCUCUCAUACCAAAGUAAUAUUUCGAUUUAUUGUCUUUCGUCCGUUUAUGGAAGAAAUUCUAAUAGGAAAAAUACGCAGCUGUAGCGUUGAUGGUGUUCAUGUAACAUUAGGAUUUUUCGAAGAUAUUGUAAUUCCACCUCAUAAACUGCAGCAUCCGUCAAGAUUUGAUCAAAUGGAACAAGCAUGGGUAUGGGAGUAUGAUACAGGGGAUGGUGAAAAGCACGACUUAUUUAUGGAUGCAGGAGAAAUUAUAAGAUUCAGAGUGGUGAGCGAAAAUUUCACAGAGGCAUUACCUACUGGGCCAAAUAUGUCUGGGGAAGGUGUUGAAAAGUCAGAAUCUAAAAACACAUCUCCAUACACUUUAGGAGGUGCUAUCGAUGAACCAGGUCUUGGAUUGCUAACAUGGUGGGAAAACAGCUAAUGUUAUCCAGUAAUGUUGAAUCCACGGUGUCGAUGACCUCCCCCCCUAUGGCAGUUAACAUGUUACAACUUUCUUCAAGCGGGAUCAACAACGCCCUAAACAUAAUCGUCGAAGUUGAACAAUAUACGUAUAAUAAAAAUUUUAUCACAGUUCUAACUGUUUUUUUUUUUUAUUUUUCUUUUUUCUAUUUUCAUUUGAGUCUGUCUUGACGCCUCGUCUGACAAUUCUACAUUCGUCAUCGUUUAUUAUUUUUUGUCUUUUUCUUCUUUUUCAGCGAGAACCUACGAGUUUAAACUGUCUCAUCGUUUAUAUUUUUCUCUAUCAUCAAGCGACGCGUGAAACUCUGUACAAUAUAAACCUGGAUACCUGGCUGGUUUCUUGUCUCCUCUCGUUGCUGACGGAAGUAACAAAAAUGUACCCAUUGCGAUCAUAGCAUCCUAGAUCCAAUCGGCGAAAAGAGGAGUGCAGUUUGGUAAUAGGAGCUCUGGUGUAUGAAAAGAAAUUCCUAUUCUCUAUCUUAGUAUCGUGUUUACUUUUGCACGUUUAAGGGCUAGCGUUUUCCUUAUCAUUUUUUUUUUGUCUUUUCUUCCGUUUUCUUUUUUUUUUUUUUCUUUAAUCGUUAUACAAGAGAGAAAAACAUUUCUGGCAUUCGUAUUUCGCGUGUUUGGACGUCAAUUAAUGCUUCUCUUCUAUUCGUACGACGCAUCGGCUCGGUUCCUCGUGCACACCUUCGUCGCUCAAAGUAUUGCUUAACACGAAACAGCUUCGUUUCUCGUCGUCUGGUUUCUAGGAAUAAAAAUUCGUCCGUGGCUCUGAACGCGAAGAAAUCCCUUGGAGCUACGCUGCUCCUCCUACGAUAUCGUUUACUCGAUGAUCAGACAGCGAGGCAGAUGUUCACGCAAAUAAUCGAACAGCUCCUGGGACGUUCCUGGACAGUUGGUUAGCUCUAGCUCGUGCAGAUGACGAAGUUGUAUCAAACUGGACAAGCCACUGCUCGUGAGCAACGGGCAACCUGUGGAUAAUGAAUAUAUUUUCAAUGAUUCGUUUUACUUAAAAACAUUUUAUCGGUUUCAGGUGAAAUGGAUAAGCGAGGUGGCUUGAUAACGUAAUCAGUCCUUGAAUGUAAUCGAAUAGCUGAAAGUUUUAAGUAGCAUUAAUAUGCAAGAGAGGAAACGGAAGGUUUAUGUCAGAAUAAUUCCAAUCGUGGUCUGCUUUACUAGGGUAAUAUGUUUAUCCUCUUUCUAUAUGGAAAUAUGGAACACCGUUCUAGAGAAUUUGCCUUAGAUUCAUCUUACCUGCCACUGAGAGUACUUGUAAGGAUUUCAUGCCGCACAAGUGCUGAAGUCCAAAGUCUCUAAGCAGUAUGCACCAUCUCAAGAACAAUGCGCUCAGCGAUCCCAUUGUUGAGAUGUAGCCCACUCCAAUAUCGGUGAUGUGGACACAUCUAAGUGAGAAAGUACCAUUUUUAUGUCAUCGAAUCUUUAGACUUAUCGUUGGUAUAAGUAUAAACGAGGGAGCAUUAUUUUAUGAUGGUUUACGAUGAUCACGUUAACGUCUCGAUUAACGAUAAAUUGGCAUGAACGUUCGAAGACGGAACCGCAGACGAUCAAAGUCCUGUAAUCGAGCCAAGAAACGUGUAUCAAACACGUUCGAAGCGUCGUAGAUCAUCGGGGGAAUCGGUCGCUUAAGAAGAUUGCAAUUCCGUCUCCUUAGACGUCUGAACGUUCCACGAUGGAUGAUUCACGUUUAUUGCGUAAUGACCGAUCUUAAAUAGAAUGCUUGUUAACACGUUCAGUAUUUAGAACAUGAAUGAAGCGCGAACGGAUCGUACGGAUUCAGCGCGGCUAAAUGACGGGCUAACGCGAUUUAAGGUGCUCCCUGUUUGCCGGCUGAUGUCCCGGUUAAGGGGAUCUCACCUGUCCAACGUAAGCUCCUCCAAGUGAUUCAAAUCACAGGCGAUGUACUCUAAGGCUGCGUCCGUGAUUCGCGAGCACCAGCUCAAAUCCAAGGAACGAAGCCUCGACAGGUUUUCAGCUAUCAAUUCAACGCCGUCGUCCGUCACCUUACUGCAGCCGGACAACGACAGGACGGUCAAGUUUGGCAAGGAGUGCACUGUAGAGAAGACAAAGGAUGAAACAUGAUAUAAAUUAUGAAAAUUAGGAAUUAAAUAUGUUAUACGUAUAUCUGAUAUGAAAUACAUUUUAGGUCAAAGCGAUGAACUAAGAGCAAGUAGAGUACACGGGAGAUGUGUUCCUGGCUAAUUAGCACGUAAAUGAUUAACACUUUCAUUGAAAAGGAUCUCACUGAUACGAAGACUGUAAACUAGCCUACAAAGGAUUGAGACCCACGUAUAAUUGUUUUCCUAUGUUAAGAAUUAUCAUGCUACACGCAUCUCCGCUUGAAAAUGUCCAGGAAUCUCCGAACGCAAAGUAGUAUAAAUAACGACAUCCGGUCGUUGUCCUCGGAGCAUCAACUCACCUAGGAGUUUGAAUCUGAACGAUCGCUGACAGCUUGUAAGCUAAAUAAAGCUGUGUUCCUUAAUUCUAAAUUUAUAAUCGCCGGAUACGUACACCAGCUGACUUAAUUUCACGGUAUCGUCAUCGCGUAUUUCUACCUGGAUUCAUGCAGAACGAUGUCCCAAUCGUCCCCUUUUCUACACGUUGCUCUUGCAACUUCAAGGUCUUAAAUUUUGUUUCGCCUCUAUCAUCUGGCGUGUUUCAUUCGGUACCGCGGAGUAAACGUUAAUUUUCUGCAUCAGCGAUCGUUCAGUCUUCAGUAAUAUCUUUGUGUCAGAAUAACUUUAGUGACAUUCAAUCUUCUUAAUUUGUAGCUUCAACCCGUUGAGAGGAGGAUUCUUACCGAUAUUGACCACACCGUGGUUGGUGAGCUCCCAGCAGGAUUGGAGCCUGAGGAUGCUUAGGGAGCUACUUUGCGAGGCAUGGAAGUAACUUAGGGCAGCGUCGGUUACGUGAUAAGCUUGCAGCGAGAACUCGUAGAGACUCGGCAACAAUUGAGCGACAGCACCGACAGCUUCAUCUGCCACGUUGAUACAAUCCGACAAAGAGAGCGACACUAUUCUAGGUGUCAAGCAAGUCCAUAAGCCGGCUUCCGUUAUCUCGUUGCAACCGGCUAAUUCGAGCUCGAACAGGGCCUAAAAAUAUGGAAAUCCAGAUAAUUAGGAAAAUCUGUUGCCUUUCAAUUUCGUAUUGCCGACGAUUAAUCCUUUCUCUGUCACGGUGAAAAGGUUAAAUUGAUUUCCAUGGAAAAACUUACUUGCAAAUGAUCCAACAGGGUUUCUAAACCCCUGUCGGUAACCGCACAGCAUCUCAGAGACAAUGAGUGGAUAUUUCUCUGCGCCAAGGGGAAACCAUGCGUCAGGUCUGGGAUGUCCUCGUCGGAAGCGCCCAGGAGGACCAACGAAUGGAACCCUCUCCUCACCAACGAGGCAUAGAGCCGUGUACGCGAAUUUGGUGGCAGAGCACGCACCUCGCGGCACCUAAUAACGGGCACCAAUCCUGCCCAAAGUCUUGGCCUAGCGUACAAUAUGUCUCUCCAUCUUGUGCAUACCUGUACAAAAAUUAUAUUAAUUACUAGUUGUAAAAUAUUAGGAAUUUCACUGUCCGUUAGUGAAACAAAGUAGUGAUUCCGACUAUAAAACAGUAAUAUCUAUUCGCAGCCAAGAAGCUUAAAGCCUUCCAAACAAACAAGCUAGUUAACGGAGCGUCUCUCUCCGAUGUCUUCCAUCAUUUUGAUUUAUUUUACGACCAAGCAAAAUCAUCCUCCACCCGUAUGCGCUCAUACACGUCCAAGGAGAUGACGAUUGCGCAACUUUACAGCCACAACGAGUCCUCUGUUCGCGAUUGUCCUAUUCGUGACUCGUUUGUAAAUCAGUGAUGAGUAAACUGCACUCCCAACCUUUGGACGUGUAUUUCGAAAAUACUGAAAAGUGAAUUUUGAAGUAUUCCAUCAUUCAUAGCGUUUAAAAUAUCUUCUUAAGAUUUAGUUGAACAUAAGCGAAGAACCAAGCAAAGAAGCUUAAGAUCCAGCACCUGAGCCAAGAUCCUCCUCUCGACGGCGGUGAAGUAUAGGAAGAAUUUUCCAAGGAAGUGAUCAUCUUGCAUCAGUUGAUCCCACGUGGCGGGUGCUACGUAGCCUCCUGUACCACCGCUUGCGAGCGAAUGCAAAUCAAUUUCUUCAUGAAGCAAUCACGGAAGUAGCAAGAAAUAGAAGAGUUAUUUUCCACUGGAUUGAAGAAAAUUAUGAAGCAAGAUGUUAAAGUCUUCGUUGAGGAAAAAUUCGAUGCAGAAGAAAAAAGGGUAAUCGAAGAGAAGGGCCAUGGGGAGAGGUACACUUAAACGCACUUGGUUUUUACGUUUCCACGUGUACGAGGACGAAUGCUAUCGAUUCCAUUGCAGCUUGGAUUGCGACUGAAAGCACCUGGUGGCCGUUUAACGACCGAUCCUCGAAGAAAAUUGGUAUAACGAGGGCAUGGUUUUGUUGGGAACGAUCAGUAUACCGAAAAAAAUUAAAUCUUCUGGCUAAAAGACAGGGGAGAAUAUGUGGAUCCAAAUGUUUUAGGAUUAAUAACGAUUGGAAUUAAUAAUAAGGAAGGAAUUAAGAAAGGGUGCAAGGAAGCGGCUAGGGGUUGCGGAUUCGACAGAAAUCAAUUCGUCAUCGGGAUUACGUAAUGAUGGGCGAAGAAAUUCAAGAAUCUCUCUGUUUCGGCGGUUCUUCAAAAGUCUAGCUCGGGAAUAUGAGAGAGACGAGAAGACUGACGUAACUAGCUGGCCACGAGGAUGACAAUUGCAAGAGUAGAAAAGGAAUAAAAAGAAAAAAAAACGAGGCGCAAAGAGAAUGAACAUAUGCUGGAUCUGGGUUAGGGUCGAGUUAACUUCGGGCUAGCUCUGAACCGAACGAUUCGUUAUUGAUUGCGAAUUAUUCUCAGUAAAAUUGAUUGGCACGAAGGUUAAAAAAAUAUUACAAAAUACUGGAAAAAAUACUGGACCAUGAUGUUUGGACGUUCUCAACCCCAGACCGUUGAUUCUCUUGGUCAACUCGGCGCUGGCUCUUUCGACGACCCCUUGGGCUGAUAUCGAAGACAUCUCUCAAGAAGGGGAGGCGCACUCCCUUUGCUCUGCCGCGACUCGUAGUCAAGACGAACACGGAUCCGCGUGGCCGCGGUUAAAGCGUUUCAUAUUCGAGGGAAACACUAGCGAAACUCCGGACUCUUCUCUCUUCUUCUUCCUCUUCUUGCGCCUCUUUUUCCUCCGUAGACCGCGUUCUUCCCCGUCCACGACGAAAGUCACGCGACUCUUCUUGCGUUGUACGAAUCAAUUGUAUCGAACGUACCCGUUCGUGUGUCGAUUUUUUCGUUGUAUCCGAUGCCCAUCGAGAUUUAUUAUCACCGAGCGCGUGGUCGAGACGCGGAGCAUCCAACGAAAGACUUCAACCCCUUCGAGCAGAAGGUAGCUCGAAACAACGCGAAUCAAUGAUGAAACGUUUUACUGGAAGGAUCUAUUUUAAUCAACGGAGCCCGUAGCUCACAAAACCAGACGAAAAAGGAAAAUUGGAAUUAUACUGGGAAAGAAUCACGAGUAUCCUCUCUCGCCGAAUUUAUCUAACAAACUUGACCAAACUCACUUGCAAACGACAGAAUGACUCUUGGAAAAAUAAUUUACGCGAAUCGAUAAGCAUCAUCGGCUAAGUGGUUUUUAUCGACGAUGAUCGUUUCUUUUCGUACUCGUCACCGUAUCUCUUCUCCCCGCGAUGUAACCGAGAGCUUUUUACCACGGUGUCUUUCUCUCUGUUUAUGUGUCAGUCAUGACACCGAGCGGAAAACAAAGCUAGAAGGUGGAGCUGCUGCAACGGGCACAGUACAUGGGGGUGGUUUGCGCGAGACUGAAUCGAUAUUCGCGCUGAACUUGUCUGGCUGCUCCCCACUCGAGCCACGCAACCGUACGGUUUCCAGGCGCGAACCACCUUUUUUUUUUUUACGCCUGACGAUCGGUGAACCGUCGUACACGGCGCGACGCCUGAAACUAUGCAAACCGCUCGAUCGACGGAGCCGCCGCCGUUCCUCGUACAACGGCAUACACCGUGACCGUAAAGCGACAAACAUUCUAGAAAGGUAUGGUUACAGCACAGGGGAGAUUGAUACCAUCGAAAGGUUAAUGAGAAAUCGUAUAUUUUUUUCUUUUCUUUUUAGAUUUAACAUUUAUACAUCUUUGCGUUUGAUGUAAUAUCUUCCAUCUUCCUUCGAUGUAAAAAAAAAAAAA